AAACACACAUCUCUCAACUAACCGCUCUCGUUUAUAGUUAUCGCUCUGCUCCGUCUCCUGGUAUAAUAGGAGAGAAAGUCCUUUUAUUUACACUCUUACGCACAUCUACAGCAGUCAUAUAACACACACACACACACAGAGAAGCGACGGAGCUAGAUUCUGGAGUGAGUCUAGGGUUCCGUUUAGCUCUUUAUAUCAGAUCUGCCAUCUACAUUGACAUGCACCAUUGAUUUUGCUGCCAACUUACUUAACACAAAAAAAUGCAGAUCUUAUUUCCUGUUACUCGCGGCCAGUUUUCCUUUUUGCUCGGAAUCGUACCUGUAUUUGCUGCUUGGAUUUACGCCGAAUAUUUGGAGUACAGAAAAAACAACACCUUGGCCAAAGCUAGGCAUUCUGAUAUUGGAUUGGUUGAAUUGGGGAACGAAGCGGUUAAGGAAGAUGAUGAUAGAGUUGUUUUACUCGAGGGAGGAGGAGGUCUUCAGCCUGCUUCUCCCAAAGCUCGGACUCCAACUUCCUCAUUUCCUAUUUUCAGGUUUCUUAUGAUGGAAGAGCAAUUCUUGAUUGAUAAUCGGUUGACGCUUAGAGCUAUAUUGGAAUUUGGUUUCUUUAUGGCCUACUUUUACAUAUGCGACCGUACUGAUAUGCUUGGCUCAUCUAAGAAGAGUUACAAUCGAGAUCUUUUCUUGUUUCUCUACUUCCUUCUCAUCAUAGUUUCGGCAGUAACUUCUUUCACGAUACAUCAUGAUAAGUCACCGUUCUCUGGGAAACCUAUACUAUAUUUGAACAGGCAUCAAACCGAGGAGUGGAAAGGCUGGAUGCAGGUAUUAUUUUUAAUGUACCAUUACUUUGCUGCGACAGAAAUAUACAAUGCAAUCCGCAUGUUUAUUGCUGCAUAUGUGUGGAUGACUGGAUUUGGCAACUUCUCAUAUUAUUAUGUUCGCAAAGAUUUCAGUCUUGCAAGGUUUGCGCAGAUGAUGUGGCGGCUUAAUUUCCUGGUGCUAUUCUGCUGCGUUGUACUGAACAAUAGUUACAUGCUAUACUAUAUUUGCCCCAUGCACACUCUUUUCACUCUUAUGGUUUAUGCGGCCCUUGGUAUUUUCAACAAGUACAAUGAGAUUGGAUCAGUCAUGGCUGCAAAAAUUUUUGCCUGCUUCUUUGUAGUUAUUCUCAUGUGGGAAAUUCCUGGAGUAUUUGAAGUGAUUUGGAGCCCAUUUACUUUCCUUUUUGGUUAUACGGAUCCAGCAAAACCAGAUUUGCCUCGCUUGCACGAGUGGCAUUUUCGUUCUGGACUUGAUCGCUAUAUAUGGAUAAUUGGAAUGAUAUAUGCCUACUAUCAUCCAACAGUGGAAGGAUGGAUGGAGAAACUAGAGGAGACAGAAGCGAAGCGCAGAAUACCAAUCAAAACAGCUGUUGCAACAAUAUCUCUGGCGGUGGGAUAUACAUGGUAUGAGUACAUAUACAAGCUGGACAAGAUUUCUUACAACAAAUACCAUCCUUAUACCUCAUGGAUUCCCAUAACUGUGUACAUUUGUUUGAGAAAUGUCACCCAGCAAUUCCGCUGCUACAGUUUGACCCUUUUUGCAUGGCUAGGGAAAAUCACCCUGGAGACGUACAUUUCUCAAAUCCAUAUCUGGUUAAGAUCAGGCAUUCCAGAUGGCCAACCAAAAUUGUUACUUUCUCUAAUUCCAGACUACCCAAUGUUGAACUUUAUGCUUACCACGUCCAUAUAUAUUGGAGUUUCUUACAGACUCUUUGAUCUGACAAAUACAUUGAAAACGGCAUUUGUGCCCAGCAAAGACAAUAAGCGCCUGACAAACAACAUAAUUACAGCAGCGGCAGUUUCAAGUGUUUUAUAUUUGCUGUCUUUUGUAUUCUUAAAAGUCCCGCAGAUGCUGGUUUGAGAGGAAGCUGCAAGAUUGUGUCUUGUUUCCAUGAACAUAUGAGAAGAAUAUUGUUCCACUGCUAGAUUUUUUCUGCCUCUAUAAAAGAGCACGAACAGUGAAAUGGAUUCAUUUCGAUUUGUCAAUGGAAGAUGCAACGCAAGGAUCAAUACCCGUGGUCUUAGGUCGUUUUGCAUCGAUUGUAAAGGAAAAGAUCGUGAAAGAGAUGACCUCCAACAGAGGUGUUCCUUGUCAUGUUUUCAUCCAUUUUUUUACAGCAAUAGUAUAGUAAUUACAACGGCAAUGUAAAACUCACUGAUCAAAGCAAUUCCCCUAUGCAUGAGUUUGACCUUGUAUCUAUUAGUAUUAAAAGCAUAUUGCACUCAACUUUUAUUA